CAUCCUGUUUCACCGCAAACAUCGCCGACGCAAGCCUUGUUCUCCACGGCAAUCGACUCCGCUUGGUCGAAUUACAUACAGAGGAGACCACUCUCGAGGUCAUCAGACCUAAUCUCGUUCUAGGACGGCCGUCCCGACUUGGGCCUGGCCGUGGCUCGUGGCAGCCUCAUGGAGGUAGACCGCACAAUCGAAAUCCGAGGGGAAGAGAGGGUAGUGAGACAGCAGCGGAAGAACCACAUCCGCGGGAUACUGCUAAUCAGCCAGCUGUUGAGAAAGGGUACCACCGAGGCAGCUGGAAAACCUGUGCAAUCUGUGGUUGCUGAUGAAGUUGAGCUCCUCGAAAAGGGUAGAGAGCACGUUGAAGGCAUCCGAGAGAGAGCAUCGAAACGCGGGAAACGACAGCCUGCUGCUGCUGCUGCUGCUUCAUCUGCUGCGGCGAAGAAGGCGAAGCGCAAGGGGGCGGACGCAGCUCUCUCCGACCCUCUAGCAUUGGCUCAUGAUGGCGGGACCAGAAGCGGUGCUACCCCAGAGACUUCGAGGGAGGAAGCGGUGAGUUUUGAGUCACUUCUGAGGUGCUGCUGAAAGGUGUUCCAGAGUGCUUGAUUGACUGCUUUACUUUGCGCGCCAGUUCGUGCCAGCUGCUCUGUUCUUGAAUUUGAAAUUUGGUACACGCGCUGCCCGUCCUCUUUGCCCCCAUGGGGGCAUGUGCGGCGCGGGAGAACAUGUUUACCUUGUUGUGUAAUGGCAUCUCGUUAAAUGUGAGAAGGGCACGGGAGAACAUGAUCUCAUCAUCAUUGCCUCCUGACGUGGCCGCCGAUAGAGGAGUGUGGUUGGGGUUUCAUUUGAACACCUUCCGUGCUCUACUGAUGCUGAUUACCAACACCAAACAAACAUACCAGGAAACCAGCUAACACGAUACAAACUGAACGCUAUGCCCUACCUACCAUGCACCAGGUGUACCAUUCUCUUCUACUGUUGUAAGCAUCACUGAUACGCUACCCCAAAGGGUCAAAUAAGUUUUUUCGUUUAGGUUUGAAAAACGAGUGAUGUACUGCUGUAGCCUCCUUUCCAUCUUCCAUGAUUUUUACAUCAAUAUUAUUUAUUUCUCCUUAAAUUCCUAAAACCAGCAAGCUGUCAAUAGACACUGCGCCGUGUCCCCUGUGAAGGUUACAUCUUACAGUACACGACACCACGGAGGGAUUCUCCC